AUGGGGCCGCAGCCGCGCGACGGGGCGGAGAGCAGCUCCGACCCGCGCGACGUGGUGGAGAUCAGCUCCGAUGACGGUGUAUCGCCGGUGCCGGCGCCACGGACACGGAGGAAGAAGGGCAAGGACAACAGCGACGAUGACGACUGCGUGGUUCUGGACGGCGACCCCGACAAGCCGCUCGCUGUUGCGGGCGCCAAGGCGAGGACUUCGGGGGGCGACGCGUCUGACGAAGUGGAGAUCUUUGCCGCGAAAGGGCAGUGUGCUACUCUGUUGUCAAAUGUCAAUCGCUUAUUUGCUGUAGGUUUAGCUAGGUUAGUUGAUUCGCCACCGCUGGAUGUGGUGUACCCAACAACUCCAUCAGCGAGGAAGGUUCGCAUGGAGAACCUACCGUAUCACAUGGACCGGGAGGACCUUCCCGGGCUCUUCUAUCAUGCUGGCAUUGUUGUGCUAUCAGAGAUACUUUACGACAGGGAAACAGGCCAGAGCCUUGGACGUGGGCUUGUCACCAUGAAUACUGUUGAAGAGGCCGAGAAGGCUGUGGAGUUGUACCAUCACAGCGAGCUGUGCGGCAGACUCGUUACUGUGAGCAAGGCAGCUGCAACUGGAGGUCGGGCAGAAGAAACACCGUCUCCCCGUCGAUCCGUGUCCUCUAUGUUCAUGCUCUUCGUGAACAAUCUGUCGCCGGAAGUGGACGGAUGUGAGUUGAAGCGGCUGUUCAGCGAGCUCGGCGAAGUGGUCCAUGCUAAAGUCAUCUACCAUCACACAGGAGCUCGGUGGGAGUCCAAGGAAUUCGGCGUCGUCACAAUGGCGACGCGCGAGUGGUUGAAGGACGCCAUUCGGGGCCUCAACAAAGUGGUACGGGCGAACAAUAGUUUGUGGUGCUUGUGA